AGGUCAAGCCAGAAUAAAUGGCGGUUGGUUUAGUCGUUUGGUGUGAGGACCCGAAAAAGCAAAGCAAACUUGUAGCUCCUGCGUAUGAUGCCGAAAUGUUUUUUUUUUUUUUUAAUCUAAUGUUAUUGUAACUUGAGUUUACUUGUGUUACUAAUUUGUAAUGCGUGAGUGACUCAGGUGAACAACUGACGGAGUUGGAAGCCGAGCACGCCAAGAAAAUGUCGAAUUCCCCAGAUUGCUUCAGCGAGAAGGUGUCUGCUUUGAUCGAAUGUGCCGAAAGCGCGGGCUCCGAUUCAUCGUAUUUAGGCAUCUUGAGGGAUGUUUGUUUCAUGAGUGCCGAAGCGGUGGGUGCAGACAACGUUCCCAUCGAAAAUAUUUUGCCUUGUGUACUAAAAAAGUUCACCAGUGUCUGCAGCACUUUGGUGGAUAAAGCAAAGCCUGCUCAUGAGGUUGCUUUGGAAGAGGUGGUCAAGCUGCUUGAGGUUGCAGUUGGUAUGAUAGAGUCAGUGAGGAGCCUGGUCGCGUCCCUCAACUCUGAGGAACUGAUUGUCUUGGAAGAUGUGUUGACACCCGUGCCUCUUUCGCUUGACAUCGUUCAGACAUCGUACGGACAUCUCAAGGAAAGUGAGAAGAUUUACGGUCCAUAUUUCGACCAACUCGAGCAUUGCCUGAUACAGCUUUCCAGUGAGACGAUGCACUUACAAAUGCUCCUUCUCGGCAUGCUGGAAAAAGUGAAAGUGGAAGUGUCUCGUGAGAAGCACGUCGUGUGGCUUCUGGGGAUCUGCCGUCGUCUCCGAGACCUCGGCAUCACGCUCCAGGGGUUGGAUCUCAAGAUGCUCGUCUCGGUUCGGAAGUUUCUUGUCAAGACUUCACUGCAGUACCGUGACAGCCUCAAAAACCGUCUGGAUAUUGAUCAGCUUUUGUCUGACUUGUGCACCUAUGUGGUUGAGUGGUUGUCUUCCUUGAAGCAGUUGGGACCGGCAAAGGACGGCAACUUCACGGUUGAAAUGAAGACAGCAGCGUUCCACAUCCGACUGUUAGAUUCCCUCAUCUCAAAGUAUGGCGGAUACUUUGACAAUUGCCUCAAGAUGGUGGCUCUCAUGAUCGCCUCUUUGUCUGGGCUGCCCAUCUCAGCCAACUACUUCCUCAACCUGGGUCCAGCUCAGGUUGACGGCCUGCUGCGCCACAUCUGGAUUGCGGCUGAACAUCUGGUUAGCGUCUUGGCCGAGAGCCGGGACUUCUGUAUCGUGGUCCUCACGCUUGAUGUGCCUGUGGACUUGUGGUGUGGCUAUCAGCUCAUGUUGACGACACUCAUGGACUACGUCGUUGACUGCGACGAUGCGCUGCGUGCUUGCCUUCCCACGCCAGGCUCUGGGGACAAAAACAUCCUCGAGGCAGUCUUCGGCGCCAUCGACCAUUGUUCCCUAGAAUUUCAGCUCCCAGUUUCUCUGGAAUCUUCCGGGGAAAACGGGAAGCCGCCGAGGAGCAUUGGUCUCUACGAGCACCUCUGCACCCGCACGUGCCGCUUCUUGGCAGCACUCUCACCGGAACACUUCGGAAUUGCGGAGGCCAUACUUUUCAGGAAUGUUCUGCGUGAAAGUCACUGGAGUGCAUGCCUGGCCUCCGACACCUUGUGCUUUGUAGCAAGGUUCGGAUCACCGCAGCUUUGUUUUGAGCAUGCCAAGUUGCUUGCUCGCUUGGUCAAUCUGACGUCCAGUGCACCUGGAAAUAAGCACAGCCACGCGAAGUCGCUUCUUCGGCGCCUCUCCCAGUUCUUGAUUGAAGAACACAAGACAGAACUGCAUCAGAUGUUCUCCUCGAAUUCGGUGGUAAGAAGUAUCGUCGGCUUGCCGGAAUCUGCUUCAACAGCAAGAGCUCAAGCAGUGCAGCUUUUGACGAAGUUGAGUGCCAAGACAAUUGGAACAUCAGAGUUAAAGAUACUGGUCCGGCUCCUCUGUCAGAUGAAGGAGAGCUCCAGGUACAAAGAGCACUGCCUUCCUGCGGAGCCCCUGCUGCAAGCCCUGUCGUCUGUCCCAGCGUACAGGUCACAGCUGUGCUGCGACCUGACACACGCCAUCAUUGAUCUGCUCACUGCACAAAUCACAUCUAUGAAGGGCAGUGUCCUUGUUCAGGUGCUGAAUGCCUUAGAAGUGCUAUUUGCAAGUGGUGUGGAUUUCAUCCAGGUUUCUAUCGUUCUGUCACUUAUUUCCUGGGGCAAACUAGGAGUCUUGCCCAGUCUACAGAAACAGGAGAUUCUCCACAAACUCUCACGUCUGUUUGCGUCGUCACUGUCGUCGGGGAACUACGUGGUGCAGCAGACGGCACUGCAUGCAUUCGCUCAGUUUGCUCAAGCGACCCAGUACGACGCCGUCAUUUCCAACGCCAUCGAGCACCCAACGCUGAAGGCACUGGUGACAUCCUUCCUGACAAAGGACGAAAUGAAGACACCGUUUGACUGGGUAACCGUGGUCAGGACGCAGCUGCAAGUUGUAGAAAGCAGUGCCACGGACGACUACGACUGUUCCUCGAGCGGCUCGGACGACACUGACCCGAAUCCCGAAAAGAGGCCAAAGUGCGAGGACAGUCUGAACGAGCUGUUUGAGAGCAUCGAAGCAGCAGUGAGCAAGCUUCGGCAGCAAGACAAAGGUGCCCUCCAGUCAAGGAGAUCCAAGCUGCAGUGGCUGCAGUCGCAGCUAAAUAACAUUGUGGAAGACCUGUGAUAUUUUUUUCACACCUGUUUUUAGGUUAGAAGUUUAUAAAAAUAUAAGAAAUAAAGAAAAAUAAGAAAUCUU